AUUUCACAAAGUAAAGUAAUUAAAAUUCCUUAUAUAUUUCCUUUCUUUAAUCUUUGUUAAAGAAAAGGAACAAGAAGAAGGUACUUUUGUCGGCCGGCGCAAAAACCAGAUCUCUUCUCCCUAAGUAAAGCCUUCUCUAGAUCAGUUUAUCAAGCAAGAACCUUGUUCUGUUUCUAACAACCAGAGGAAGAAAAAAGUUUCAAUUUUUCUUGAAGAAGAUGACGGAGUAUGAGAAUGGGAAGAAGAGGAAAGUACGAAACAAACAACAAGUAAAAGGACAGUUCUUGUCUCAAAGGUAUCUAAUCUUAUGCUGCUGCUGUUUCUUCGUCUUGCUCUUCUUCUUAUCUUCCGACCGAAUCUCUACACUCUCUGUUCGUUCUGAUUCUCUGAGACCGUCUCUUCGUGUUCCUGCUCUCUCUGUUUUAUCAUCAUCCAUGGAUUCGUUUCACGGUGGUAGAUUCCCUGCGUUGAGUGUUGAAGACAGAGUUCAAUUUCCCGACCAUUUAUUGCUGAUUCUUUCGCACGGAAUUGGGAGAGGUGAAAAAAACCUAGCUUGUGUUUAUCGUGGAGUAAAGGAAGAGACUUUGGUGUUGCCCUCGAUUUCUAGUGAUGAAUUCGAUGAGUUUAGAUCGAUUGUUCGAUGCCCUAAUGCUCCUUUGAACUAUUCUUCAUCUGUUGAGUUGCAAUUCCGUGGAGAUUUGGUGAAGAAGAUGAAGAAGGAGAAGCAGAGCCGUUGUCGUGUUCAUAAUUGGGAAAAAGUUGGUUACGAGGCGGUGAUUGACGGGGACACGGUGGUUGUGUUUGUUAAAGGAUUGACUCGAAGACCUCACAAGGAAUCAGAUCCUUCUUACUAUAAAUGUCAAUUUGAGAUUGGGGAUUCAGAGGAGAAAGAGGUGACUCAAGCUGUUGCUGCAGCGCAAGAAGUUGUGAGGUGUGUUUUGCCUGAGAGUUUGAAGCUAAAUCCAGAGAUGAUGUUUCGAGUGAGUGUAAUUCACAUUGAUCCUAGAGGAAGAACGACGCCUGCUCUGCCUUCCGUUGCGAGAAUCUACGGUUCUGAUUCGAUUGAGAAGAAGAAGAGUGGGGUUAAGCAUGAGCUUUGUGUUUGUACAAUGCUAUGGAACCAAGCUCCGUUCUUGCGUGAAUGGAUCAUGUAUCACUCGUGGCUUGGUGUUGAACGUUGGUUUAUAUAUGAUAACAAUAGCGAUGAUGGUAUACAAGAGGAGAUUGAGUUGCUUAGUUCGGAGAAUUACAAUGUGAGUCGACAUGUUUGGCCUUGGAUCAAGACUCAAGAAGCCGGUUUUUCGCAUUGUGCGGUUAGAGCGAAAGAAGAAUGCAAUUGGGUUGGAUUCUUUGAUGUUGACGAGUUCUACUCCUUCCCUACGCAUCGCUCUCAAGGCUUACCAAGCAAAAAUGCUUUGAAGUCGCUUGUAUCGAACUACACUUCUUGGGAUUUGGUUGGAGAGAUCCGAACGGAUUGUCAUAGUUAUGGUCCGUCCGGUCUAACCUCGGUUCCAUCACAAGGUGUGACCGUAGGGUACACUUGUAGACAAGCGAACCCUGAGAGACAUAAGUCGAUAGUCCGACCUGAAUUGCUCACAAGCUCAUUACUCAACGAAGUUCAUCAUUUUCAGUUGAAAGAAGGAGUCGGGCAUAUGAGUUUGAUGGAGAGUGUUGCGGUAGUGAACCAUUACAAGUACCAAGUUUGGGACACUUUUAAAGCUAAGUUUUACAGAAGAGUGGCUACUUAUGUUGUUGACUGGCAAGAGAAUCAGAAUCAAGGGUCUAAAGAUCGAGCUCCAGGGCUCGGGACAGAGGCAAUCGAGCCGCCGGAUUGGAAACGACGGUUCUGUGAAGUGUGGGAUACUGGAUUGAAGGAUUUGGUUAUGUCAAAUUUUGCUGAUCAAGUGACUGGUUAUUUGCCGUGGCAGAGGCAACAACAAGAAUGACUUUUAGUUGGUUUCUGAUUCAGCAGCAGGUGUACAUUUUAUUUACAUUUGACAAGGAUACAUACGAAAUCUACAUUAAUAUUUCCUUCUUUUGUUACUUCAUUUUUUUUUUUUGAUUGGUGGGGGAGAGAAUUGAAAAUGGCUUCUAAUCUUUUGUUUCUUAGAGAUUACCACAUGUAAAUUUCGGUAACACUGCAAAAUCCUUUUUUUUUUUUUUGUUCUUAUGAGUUUUAAGUCUUUUGAUCAUUUGUUUGGUA